AUGGUGGUAUCAGACUCGGUUUCAGUAUUUGCAGAGGGGACAUAUGAAGAACAGAUUCAGGAGCUAGUCAAUUACAUUGUUAGAAGUCAACCAGAGGAAGAGCGUGCAGCCUCUAUUCUUCCCUUUCAAAAAGCUCUCAAAACAGAUGAAAGCCAAAAACCGAUAGAUCAGGAUGACAAAAGAAGAAAGAAGAUUCUUUCGAUGGUAUUGACUGAGCUGGCUGCGCUGAAAGGGUUUGGCGAUGGCACAGACAAAGAGAUCGAGGGAUUCUUCAACCUCAUAUACUCUCACCUCCUUACCCUAUACCCCGAGAAUUCGACAGAAUCGAAGCAACACCUCGAGACAAUACUGAAAGCAGUCUCUUCCGCCCCCUCUGAACAGAACUUCGUCAAAUACCGUGUCUUGUCUAACCUUUUCAACGCGCUUCCCAGAACCUCACCUCUCCGGUUAUCAGUAUAUCAAACUCUAUUGGAUAUCGCAACGUCCAACGACGAGCUUGACUUUUUGCAACUUUCACGAGCGGACGUGGAAUACUGGCUAGAAGAAUGCGAGGUCGCUCAAGAAGAGAAGAGUGGGUUCUUGAAAAGUAUUGCCGAUGCAUACGCCAAGUUCGAUCAGGUCACGAUAUCAUACACGUACUCGCUUUCGUAUCUUCAAUCCCUUCCUUCCUCAUCCGCCGAGGGGCGAAAAGCAGCUAUCAAUGUCAUUACUACCGCAUUGAGGCUUCCUAGUGUUCUCGAUUUCGAUGCAUUGUUCAGACUCGACGCAGUUGUGGCGUGUAAAGAUGAUGAACUCUUUUCCCUGUUGCGAGUGUUCUUGAGUGGCGGAUUGACUGAGUUCGAGGCAUGGGAAGCCUCGCAUCCUCAGGUAUUGGCGAAACACAACCUUGAACGCGCACAACUCGAACAUAAAAUCAAACUGCUCACCCUUGCCUCUUUAGGAUUCAAAAACGUGGGUCAAGAUCUUCCCUACUCAAAAAUCGCCGAGGCUAUUCAAGUGGAUAUUUCAGAAAUCGAAAAGUGGGUGAUUGACGUCAUUCGCGCAGGGCUUUUAUGGGGGAAGCUCUCCCAAACAAAACAGACGUUACAAAUCAUACGUUCCACCGCUCGAACUUUCGAGCGGGACCAGUGGGAAGCACUGGAAAAACGGUUGCUUGCAUGGAAAUCUGGUUUGAAUAACGUCUUGGAAGUUGUGGCCGAUGCGCGGCGUCAGGGUGUCCAUGCAUCCGCACAAAGCGCGGCUGUUACAGUAUAA